AUGUGGGAAUGUGGGGACAUGGAGAUAUGGGGAUAUGGAGAUGUGGGAAUGUUGUGAUGUGGCGACAUGGGGAUGCGUCCCCUCUGGCCACUCACCCAUAGGUUUCUGUCCAAAGCAGCACAGUGUGGACCUGGCAGUGCGAGGGCAGCGCAGCAGACCCACAUCUGCAGCGCCCAGCGGCAGCCCUGCGUCCCUGCAUGGAGCAGCAGCUGCAGUUCCCCAGGGCCGGCAGCAGGACGAGGGCAGCCCGCAGCUCCACACCAGGGAUUUCUUCCACUCCCAGCGCACCCUGACGCUUCCCCAGAGGAAAGGAACUCGGGACAGCUUGGAUCUCCUCACCGGUAAGACCCAACGGGCCUGGCUAUGGGGUGGGGGUUCCUGUGCCCUACAGCACAGCCCCGCUGCCCCCAUAGGGAAGAGAGCCGCCUCCAGGCUGGAGAAAAGCAGGCUGAAGGCCGGCUCCGAGCUGACCCUGCUGCCCCACGGCAAGUCACCCACGGCCAGCUGCGAGGUGUGGGACUGCAGCCACCACCAGGGCUCUUUCCUUUCGCCCCUCCUGAAGCGCGCUGCGUCCGCCAGGAGCGCCUGGAAGCGUCCCGCAUCCAUGGGCAGCACGGAGAGAGGGAAGGUGCUGCAGAAGAGAAAGGAGUGGGAGAUGAAGGCAGCGAUGUGAGCGGAGUGAUGCUGCGCCGCGCGGGGACCGAGCCGGGCUGCGGUGCUGGAGAGCUGCUAUGGGGCCGUGCUGGGGGGGCACACCGGCACCCCAAACCUUCUGUGGGGUCACAUCGGCACCCCAAACCUUCUGUGGGGUCACACCGGCACCCCAAACCUUCUGUGGGGUCACUGCUUCUCUGUGUUUUCGGUGUGGGUUUCCCAGUGGGGCGGAGAUGGUGGAAAUGGUCCCAAUGGUGCCCAGCUGUGCCCAACGGACCCCAAUAGAACCCAAUGGACCCCAGUGGUGCCCAGUAGAACCCAGUGGUGCCCAACAGACCCCCAAUGGUGCCCAACAGACCCCCAAUGGUGCCCAACAGAACCCAAUGGUGCCCAGCGGAUCCCAGUGGUGCCCAACGGACCCCAGUAGAACCCAAUGGACCCCAAUCGUGCCCAAUAGACUCCAGUGGUGCCCAAUGGAUCCCAAUGGUGCCCAACGGACCCCAAUGGUGCCCAGUAGAACCCAAUGGUGCCCAACGGACCCCAAUAGAACCCAACGGACCCCAGUGGUGCCCAAUAGAACCCAGUGGUGCCCAAUAGAACCCAAUGGUG